GUUUCUCAUAAUAUUUGUUGACAUUACAUGUUCAUUUACGCAUCAAAGGAUUGUGUUUACGUUUUCUGAAGUAAUUAAAUAUUUUAUUGAUUUUAACCACGUGCUGGAAUUUUACAACAAUUUUAUUUUUCAUUCAUGAAACAUAGCAAUUUAAUUGCACCUGUAUUACUCCGCCAAAGAAAAAUAAAUCCAUAAGUGUAUAAAUAUACCUGAACGCGCCAAUAUUAAACGCAAGGAGCUAUUUAACUAACAAAAGUAUAAAAGUUAUUAAGAGUUAGAGUUGCUGCAACAGAUAUCUCAAUCGUUAAUUUUAUCGUUUGAAAAAUAAUUAUUUAAAGAUGAAAUUUUCGGAGACAUUUGGCGAAUUGGUAGCUCACUUUUUGAUAAUGAUUGAAAUUGUUCGAGGGAUGACCAUCAACCAGAAAUGUCAGUCACCAAUCAAUAUACUAAGCGCUAAAGGAGCCUACAUCGAACCUUUACCGAAAAGUAGAGUCCGGAUAGACUCACUAAAGAAACCAUUUGGAAAUGGGCAUGCUUUGAGUUUUGAGUUUAAAACGACGUCCUUAAGUGGUGUUUUGUUUUACUUGAACAAUGCAAAUACCAAAGAAUUCGUUGGAGUUGAGAUCGCAUCCGGCUUUUUGACAUACCAUAUAAAAUGUCGUCGUCUAGAAGCCGUGUUGACAGUAGCCGCUGCCAAGGUCGACGAUGGAAAAUGGCAUAGUAUUGUGUUCAGACGGAAGAGGAAGCGUGGACGUCUGAUUGUUGAUGGUAAACAUUAUUUCCAGAACUAUAGAAUAGCCUGUGAUACUGAAGGAUUUGCCUCCAUGACACUGGGGGGUAUUCAUCCUAGUGAUGCAGAUUUCGUCGAUAGUUUCGAGGGUAAACCUGGACAUUUCGAAGGGUGUAUCAAGAAUGUAGACAAUACAGCUGGCAUACUGACUUUACCUAAAUACACGGGGGUUUCCGAAUGUGAGUAAUCCCGACGUGAACUGAAAUGAGAUUUAAAUGAUUAUCUCCAACAUAAUGUGUUCAGAGGCAAUGAUCUCACUAGUAGAACAAAUCUACUCUACGUUUUUACUUUGUGUCGUACUUUGCUGCUUUGAGUAAGAGACAAUAUAAAGGAUUACAUUUCCAAUAUGACGUAAAUAGAGGAACAAAGACAUGCGCAUACGCGAUUUUACAGUGGUCAACUGGAGGCUACAAUGUGACAUGACAAGUUUUUUGCUGACUGCAACCAUUACCUUGUGCAUAUUAUUUGUCAUCGUGAACCUCGAUUUGUGAACGUAUUAAUUCAUCCAUAUGUUUUCUCGUCGAUAUGAUAUAAUUUGGUGCCGAUAAUUCAUAACAUUCUGAACUUGUCAAAUACAACUACAAACAAUUGCAAAAUGCUGCCAAACAUUUUAUUUUCAAUGAUAUUCAUUGUUUUUUUUUACUGCAGCAUUUCUAUGAUACUCAAUCAUUGCAUCAUCAUUAAUAUAACUCGAUUGACAGAGUUCCAAUCUGUAUGUGUAAUCUUAAGUAUGUAGCAGUCGUUGCCUUCUAUUUUUAUAUACAACUGCUCUAUAGCACAUUCGGAGGCAAUUAUCACCAGUACAUUAAUAGUAUUAUAUAUAUAUAUAUAUACACGUAUUACUGAGCUCAUUCGAUUUCGAACCGCAUUAUACGUGUUACUUGACUUAUCUACGGCCAGAUACCAAGUACGACCUAGGCCAAAAUUCUAAAGAUGAAUAUAAAAAAAUGGGGCAAAAAAUGAAAUUUGGCUUGCUGUACGGUAUUAUAAAAAGAAAACAAAACCGAACUCCUAGGAAAAUCCCAAACGGAGAGUCCCUAAUCAAAUGCAAAAUCAAAAACUCAAACUAUUAAAAGAAUUGAUAAUAACUGUCGUAUUCUUAACUUGGUACAUUAUGACUCUUGUGAUGGGUAAAUUAUAGAUGUAUCUUAGUAAUUGAAUGUAACAGUUUAAUAUGUUAUAAACUGGACUGAUUUUUGCCAAUGCAUAAUGAUCAAUUGUCACUUAAUGAAAUAUAUUUUUGUGAACACAUGUAAAAAAAAAAACUAUAGUUAUUAUUUGUUAUUUUUG